CAGUGUGAAGAUGACCAGUGCCUCCCUAGCAUGACGUCCUUGGACCGUGUGAUUGCAACCCACCAGUCAGAGUGGGUCUCUUUCAAUGAAGAGCCACUUUCCCCUGGCCCUUCCGAGGGGGGCACUGAAGAGCCUCUCCCAGGCCUGUCGUCUUCCUCAGACCAGUCCGAGAGCUCCUGCGGGGACAGCCACCUGGCGGAUGGAGGCGCUCAGGACCUCUCCCCAUCAGAGCAGGAUGACUCCUCUGAGAAGAUGGGCCUCAUCUCUGAAGCUGCCUCCCCUCCCCAGAGCCCUGAGCAGGCCCCACCUGACCUGGCCUCUGCCAUCAGCAACUGGGUUCAGUUUGAAGAUGACACGCCCUGGAGCAGCAUGUCACCACCUUCCAAAGAAACAGCUGACACCUCCCUACCGUUGACCGUGCCCUGCUGGACAUGUCCUUCCUUCGACUCUGUGGGGAGAUGCCCUCUGGCCUCCGAGAGCAGCUGGACCACACAUUCCGAAGACACCAGUAGUCCGAGCUUGGGCCCCUCCUACACAGACCUGCAGCUUCUUGGUGCCGAGGAGCAGAUGAGUGGCAGGGCUUCUGGCACUGACUCAACUGACAAUUCUUCUUCGCUUCAGGAAGAUGAAGAAGUAGAGAUGGAGGCCAUCCACUGGCAAGCCAGCAGUCCAGCCUUGAAUGGACACCCUGCCACUCCAGUCACCUCUGCUCGUUUCCCCAGCUGGGUCACUUUUGAUGACAAUGAAAUCUGCCCUUUGCCACCAGUCACCUCUCCUCUGAAGCCAAGAACGCCACCUGUUGUAUCUGCAAUCCCAGAUGUACCUUAUAACUCAACUGGGUCAUUUAAGAAGAGGGAACGUCCCAGAAGCACUUUGAUGAACUUCUCCAAAGUUCAGAAGCUGGAUAUUUCCUCCUUAAACCACCCACCUUCCAUAACUGAGCCUCCACCUUGGAGGGCAACCAAUCCUUUCCUGAAUGAGACUCUACAGGAUGUACAACCCUCACCUAUCAACCCUUUCAGUGCAUUCUUUGAGGAGCAGGAGAGACGUUCCCAAAACAAUUCCAUUUCCAGCACCAUGGGCAAGAGCCAAAGAGAUUCCCUCAUUGUUGUCUACCAGGAUGCCAUCAGCUUUGACGACUCAAGCAAAAGCCAGUCACACUCUGAUGCUGUUGAGAAGCUCAAACAGCUCCACAUUGAUGAUCCUGACUGUUUAGGUGAUGCAGCACUACCUGAUGAUGACCCAAUCACCUGGAUUGAGCUAGAUGACCACCCACCUGGCUCAGCAUCAUCCCCACCCAGGGAUGGGUGGCCAAUGAUGCUGAGGAUACCUGAGAAGAAAAAUAUCAUGUCCUCCAGGCACUGGGGACCCAUCUAUAUCAAACUGACAGACAGUGGUUACCUGCAGCUGUAUUAUGAGCAGGGCCUAGAGAAACCUUUUCGUGAGUUCAAGCUGGAGAUCUGUCAUGAGAUUUCCGAGCCCAGGCUCCAAAACUAUGAUGAGAAUGGCAGGAUCCACAGCUUACGGAUAGACCGUGUCACCUAUAAAGAGAAGAAGAAGUACCAGCCCAAACCUGCAGUGGCCCACACGGCAGAGAGGGAACAGGUGAUUAAGCUGGGCACCACCAACUAUGAUGAUUUCCUGAGCUUCAUCCGUGCAGUUCAGAACCGCCUCAUGAAUCUGCCAGUGUUGUCGAUGGACUUGACCACAGUUGGUUUGAACUAUCUUGAAGAGGAGCUUACAGUGGAUGUCAGAGAUGAAUUUUCUGGCAUUGUGAGCAAAGGAGACAAUCAAAUUCUCCAGCACCAUGUCUUGACACGGAUACACAUUCUGAGUUUCCUCUCUGGGCUUGCAGAGUGCCGCCUGGGUCUCAAUGACAUCCUGAUCAAGGGGAACGAGAUCGUUUCCCGGCAAGACAUCAUGCCCAUCACCACCAGCAAGUGGAUCAAGCUCCACGAGUGCCGUUUCCAUGGCUGCGUGGAUGAGGAUGUAUUCAACAGCUCACGGGUUAUUCUGUUCAACCCUUUGGAUGCGUGCCGGUUUGAGCUCAUGCGCUUUAGGACAGUGUAUGCGGAGAAGACCUUGCCUUUCACACUCAGGACGGCGGCAAGCAUCAACGGGGCAGAGGUGGAGGUACAGAGCUGGCUGCGGAUGUCCACUGGCUUCUCCUCUAACCGUGACCCUCUUACUCAGGUGCCCUGUGAGAACGUGAUGGUUCGUUACCCUGUGCCCAGUGAGUGGGUGAAAAACUUCCGCAGGGAAAGUGUGCUGGGGGAAAAGUCUCUGAAAGCCAAAGUGAACCGUGGGGCGAGUUUUGGCUCAACUAGUAUAUCGGGCUCUGAGCCUGUCAUGAGAGUAACUUUGGGAACUGCCAAGUAUGAACAUGCCUUCAACUCCAUUGUGUGGAGGAUAAACCGACUGCCUGACAAAAACUCAGCCUCUGGCCACCCACACUGUUUCUUCUGCCACCUUGAACUUGGCUCAGACCGGGAAGUGCCUUCCAGAUUUGCCAGUCACAUGAAUGUUGAGUUCAGCAUGCCCACAACCUCUGCCUCCAAAGCCGCUGUGAGAUCCAUCUCUGUGGAAGACAAGACUGACGUCAGGAAAUGGGUUAAUUAUUCAGCACACUACAGCUACAAGGUGGAAAUUGAACAAAAAAAGAGUUUGAAGCCAGACUUUGAAGGAGAAGAAGUGGAAAAUCCCAAGGAGUGCGGGGUCCAGUGAUGAAGCGCGACUGCAGGGCCUGACCUCACAGUCACACAGGCUCUUCCUGAAUACCUGAGGUGCAAGUCAGUACCUGCCAUGGCCAUUCAGUGUGGGGGACAGUGGAUGGCUCUUCCUGUCUGCGGUUACCUGCAUUUUAACAGGAAACCCCGAGGUGGUUGCUUGGAGAGGCUCUCCUCAGGCCUGAAGCACCUGGUUCACCUGACUUUGGGGGCUGAUUCUCUACUGAAGCCUCCUGUCUGGCUUAUCCUUGGCACUUGGUGCAGUUUGAUGUGACUGUUAGAGUCAGGAAUUGAACCUCCCACAUCAGUGUUGGCACAAUUACCUUCUGAUGUUCAUCUGUCGCUCACAUGAGUUUCUGGAAAAUACAGUCUUAAGAAUGAAUUA